AGGAGGUGUUCGUUUUUUACCUGGGAACAGGUAUACUGUAGGGAAACUGGAGUAAAAAAAAGAUCUAAAAUGAACGAAACACAGGACCUGAACAUUAACCUUGAGGAUGAUGGAAACUGGACUUUUGUCAAUGGCUCCAAUGAAUUCUUCUUACCUCAGAGCAACAUUACAUACGUUGGAUAUUACCUGCAUCAGCCAUCUGUAGCAGCAGUCUUCAUAGUGUCCUACCUGCUCAUAUUCCUGGUCUGCAUGGUUGGAAAUGGAGUGGUGUGUUUCAUUGUGUUACGAAGCAAAAACAUGCGCACCGUCACCAACCUUUUCAUCCUCAACCUCGCCAUCAGUGACCUUCUUGUUGGGAUUUUCUGCAUGCCCACAACUCUUCUUGACAACAUUAUUACAGGUUGGCCAUUUGGAAGCAUGGUCUGCAAAAUGAGUGGAAUGGUCCAGGGCAUAUCAGUGUCAGCCUCCGUUUUCACCUUGGUUGCCAUUGCGGUUGACAGAUUCAGAUGUAUCGUAUAUCCCUUCAAGCAAAAACUGACAAUAUCAACAGCCACGCUUAUCAUUGUGAUAAUCUGGGUUUUGGCAGUGUCCAUCAUGUGCCCCUCUGGCGUCAUGCUUAAGGUGACUAAAGAACAAAGUGUCCGUGUGUUCCUGGGAGAUGGCAACCGAACAAGCCCUUUCUACUGGUGCAGGGAAAACUGGCCUAACCAGGAGAUGAGGAAGAUCUACACCACCAUCCUGUUUGCCAACAUUUACCUGGCUCCUCUGUCCCUCAUAGUGAUCAUGUAUGCAAGGAUCGGCAUCACUCUGUUCAAAACGGCCAUGCCGGCAGGCGCCAAACCGGGCCACGAUAACCGUCACUCCGUGUCGAAGAAAAAACAAAGAGUGAUCAAAAUGCUCCUCAUCGUGGCCUUGCUCUUCAUCUUGUCCUGGUUGCCUCUGUGGACGCUGAUGAUGCUAACAGACUAUGUUAAACUUACUGAACAUCAGUACAAGCUUAUUAACAUCUACAUUUACCCUUUUGCCCACUGGUUAGCCUUUUUCAACAGCAGCGUCAACCCGAUAAUCUACGGGUUCUUCAAUGAGAACUUCCGCCGUGGAUUUCAGGCCGUGUUUAAGUUCGGCCUGUGUCCUGUCGGCGGUCAGCAUCGGACCUAUUCUCACAGGGUGCAGGGCAAUUCUGUGCAACCGGUGAACCCGCAACCCUCCACAGAGCCCAUCUCUCUUAACAGCCUGGAGAACAACAGCUCGAGGAGGAUGAACCACGUCAACGAGCAAGACUUAGUGAUGGAAGAUCUAGAGAAAGUGUCUGAAUGCAGCGUGGAAGGAGCUUCUCUUUAA